AUGUCCGAUUGUGACCAGAAAACAGAAGAUGCCCAAGCACUCCAGACUGCUCUCGAGGAGCAGGGACUAGAGUUUACCCCAGAUGGACUCCACGUCCGCUGGGCUAACACUAAUCCGAACCACCCACGAAAUUGGCACACACUCCGCAAAGCGUACGACAUCGGAUUGAUCAUCCUCCUUGAGUUCUAUACGACAGCAAUCAAUGCAGCUGGGGCAACAGCGGCAAAAGAUGCACGACACGAAUUUGGCAUCAACCUCACUCUGGCAGUCUUCCUAUUUGUCUCCACGUAUUGUCUCGCACAAGCCUUAGGAAACGUCAUCUUUCCUCCGUAUUCCGAAGCCUUUGGACGAAAGAAAUUAUACAUCAUCAGCACUGUGCUCUACAGCGUUUUCAGUGUCAUGAUCGCAUCGGUACCUUCGCUGGGCGCAGCAAUCGCAGGUCGAACGAUUACCGGAUUUCUGAGCGCAAUCCCAACAGUGAUCAUUACCGGGAGUAUCGAGGAUAUGUUCAACGCGCGAGAUCGUAUCUGGCUCGUGUUUGCGUACAUGGUGGUUGCUAACUUCGCUGUGGCCAUGGGACCUGUGAUGAGUGGCUAUAUUACCGCUUCACUUGGGUGGAGGUGGGUGUUUUAUAUCUCAUCGAUGGUGACAGGAUGCAUUGGACUGCUGAUGCUGGCAAUCCGAGAGUCGCGUCCAUCGCUGCUUCUCAGUUGGGAAGUCAACAAACUGCGUCAGGUGACAGGCAACAUGAGCCUCCAGGCACAGAACCCGGACGAGGUGCCUAAGCUGUCAAUCUUCGUUCGCGAUGGCCUUCUUCGGCCACUUCGUCUUUUCUUCACCGAACCAAUUGUUUUUGCCUGCUCCCUGAUGAGCGGAUGCAGUGUUGCUGUCAUGUACCUGUUUACAGAGUCCCUGCCUCCGAUCUACGAGUCAAUGGGCUUCACGACGAGGGAUUCUAACCUGCCUUUUUUCGCAAUUGGACUCGGGUUUCUUCCUAGCAUCUUGGUUCGCCUGAUGGACCAACGCGUCGCAGCCGAGCGACAUCGCGAACGACUCCCCUUGCUUCCAGAGCAUAAACUCGCUGGAAUCUCACUCGGAGCGCCAUUUCUGGCUGUUGGACUCUGGUGGUUUGCGUGGAUGGUCCCUCCGGCAAUACACGGCGUCCAUUGGUUCGUGACCUUCAUUCCACUUUUCUUCGUUGGGUUUGCCCUCAAUGAGUUUGGAACGGUGCUUGCGGGGUAUUUGGCGGAUAGCUACAACAGCUACGCUGCGAGCGCGUUUGCAGCAAUGUCCCUCGCGCGCUCUACGCUUUCAGCUCUGUUUCCACUUAUCGCACCUGAAAUGUUUGGAGCUUUGGGGGCUAAUGUGGCCUUGUCAGUGUUGGCAGCCGGAGCGCUUGUUUUCUGUCCGGUUCCCUUUAUUUUCCGGUCCUAUGGCCAGAGACUGCGGGAGAAGAGCAAGUUUGCGAAAUACAGCCUGCAGGUGUAUGCAGCAACCACCGUUGAGAGGGAAUAUUGAGGCUUGUUGUGAUAGUGCCAUGAUGUUUUUUGUUGGACAGUGAGAAAUGCACACGGUUGGAAAUGGGCUUUCCAACCC